AAAGAUAACUCUUGUUGAAAAUAUGAAAAUUGUAUGCACCCCAGUUAAAAGGCUUCGGCUUAUUGAAUGGAUCUAUUGAUAGCUACAAAAACAAAUUCUAAAAAAUCAACGCCAUCAUGUUGCCACAACAAUAUUGCCUACGAUGGAAGUACCAUCACAGUAAUUUACAGACAAUGUUUUCACAGCUGCUGGAUCGUGGCUGCUUUUGCGAUGUAACUUUGGCUUGCGAGGGCCAACUGAUCCGCGCUCAUCGCGUUGUGCUUUGCGCCUGCAGCAGCUUUUUUGACACAGUGCUGACCAACUAUGCCAGUGAGCGCGAUCCAAUAAUUAUAAUGAAGGACGUCACAUUCGCCGAUGUUAAAUGUCUAAUUGAAUUUAUGUACAAAGGCGAAAUAAAUGUGGAACAUGCAAGUUUAGCAUCACUCUUAAAGACUGCAGAUGAUCUCAAAAUCAAAGGUUUGGCGGAAGUUUCCUGGCGUGACGACGAUGAUGGCCCGCCGUUGCCCACCGCUGCCACCGAGUUCCACUCGCCCACACUCGUGCAUGAUAUGUACGGCACACGACUUGACCAGCAGCGCAUUGGCUCGCCGGGUCUUAUGGAUCAGCAACAUCCAACACAGCCACUGCAGCGCGAACGAAAGUUGUCAUCACCGAAGGCCAGCACGCAUGCGCAACAGCGUUUACCGACAUUGACGCCAAUUCCAUCGAUGAACAGCGUUCAAAUGGCUGCUGCUGCUGCUGCCGCUGCCGCAGCUGCUGUGACGUCAGCCGCAUCGCCGGUGGAACACUACUUGGGACCGAAACGUAAGCGUGGACGUCCGCCACUUGACGAUGCCUAUGAUGUUUUCAAUGUACGAAAGCUUACACACUAUGGUGGUUUGGAAGCGCAUCAUCACCACCAUCAGGCCUACUUAGAGGCGCAGCGUCAUUACAGCGAUGAGCAACGGCGCCUGGCCGUCAUCUCGCCCAUACCGCCAUCGUCGUCUACAUCAGCCGCAGCGGUUGCCUACCACCAGCACAUCCAGCAGCAGCAACACAAUAAGCGCAUGCGCCAAUUGCAACGCCAACAGCAACAGCAGCUGCAACAACACCAUCACCAGCUACGAGCCGAUGUAGAUGAUGUCGAACAGGAUGAUGCGCAAGCAGAUCCCGAGUGGAUUACCAGCAAUUUGGAGGUGAAUGUGGGUGGUGGUGGCGAUAGCGAGCCAGUUAUUGAGUGCGAUAACGAAGCAUCUUUGGCUAAGGAGCAAAAGUGCGACGUUGUUAUUGAUGAGAAGGAAGUAAAUCCCAUGGUGAAAUUGGAGCUGAAGAAGCGCAAGGAACGUACUUCAGAGGAACGCGAGAGUGCGCUUACGCGCAAGCGUUCAAGUGGCGAAGAACGCAAGGAUAGCAGCGCAGAGAACGGCGAACAUGAGCGGGAAGAACAACAGCUCCGAGAACGUGUCACACAAAGCGAAAUGUCUGAUCAACCCUCAGAACGUGUCGCAGGUGCUGAGGUGGAUGAGCAACAACAAGCCGCAAAUGUGCCUCAGCCAGUAGAGGAAAUGGAGAGUGUGCGACAAACAGCGGAAAAGACUAGCAGCGCUUCGGCUACUAAUGCCUCAUUUGCAUCGAGUGGUUCGCACAAGCGCGCAAGUGUCAAUAGUGAACAGAUUGCGCCGCCGCCACCGCCACCACCAUCGCUGCAUCACGGUACGCAUGGCUACAACAAGUACGCGCCUGAGGGUUAUUUGCUAAAUGAACAUGGCAUGUUAAUAACACACGAUUUCGUACAUGCGCCUACGGCCGCCGUACCGUCGACGGGAGCAACAGCGUCCUCGUCGAGUGGCGUUGUAGCAGCCGCCAAUGGAAAUGAUCAGGAGUAUGUUGAUAUAAAAAUGGAGGAGUACGAUGGCACAGAAUUGCGAUUGACCACCGAAGAAAUGUCUGAGUGGCAGGAUGUAAUCAAAAUGGAUGAUUAUUUGGCAAAAGGACGAAGGCCGCAGUUCUGGGAGGAGCCGUUCACGCGACGCGUACUGGAUGCUAUCAAAAAUAAACGCUUGGAAAUGAAGAAAGCUGCACGCAUUUUGGGUGUCUCCUACGGUACUUUGUAUGGACGAUAUCGAGAGGUCUAUGGAUGUUUGAAGCACCCUUAUAGUAGUACCACUUUUCGGCCAUCACAAACAAACCAAUUAGCCGCCGUGCAGCCGCGUUUUGACAUGGUUUGGCCCUCGCCUAAGCGCGAUAGUGGUCUAAUGCCUGGUCAGUUGGAAAUCGGAAAAAUACGUCCAAAGGAUCUAAGCGAAUUGUGGACGCGGCCACAGAUAUGAAAAAAAGCACAACAAAAGAUCACAACCUGUAAAUAAUUUUGCUGUUUAUUAUUAUAAGCAAGUCAUAUUUGCAGUAUCGCGAUAGGACUUACAAG